CCACAUAACAAUCUUUAAUUACUGAUAUACUUCUCGGUACUAUUGAAGAAGUAGCUUAAAAAGAGACGUUGCUUCCAUUACAGAUUAUUGUUUAGCCAUCUCUUUGUGGUGUGAUUACUAUAGAUUCCAAUAUUUCAUUAUGAAAGCAAUUGUGUUACCUUUGUUUAUUGUUGCUGCUUUGGCAAGCUAUGGAGAUGCUUUAUUUGAGAAAAGCCUUUUUGAAGGAGGACAUCAUGGAAUAAAACACUAUUUCAAAAACUUCCUCCUUCCAAUCCAUGAGAAGUCCUUUCUUCACAGUAUUCAUCUAGAUUGCCAAAGAGAGAGUUCAUGUGAGCUUGAGUAUCUACAAAAUCCAUUCGAAUAUAUGGACUAUGAACCUUUGGGAAACUACAUGUUGUGCAUGUCUAAAAGAUACGGAUUCAUGGGACGUCAUGGACAUUUAAAGUUGAAACACUUAAGACAUAAACUUAGAAUGAUCUGCGGUAAAGAAGAUCCUGAAUUUUACAUCCAUGCUUGUGCGGUUCCCUCCCUCAACCCUAUUCACACAGCCAGUAACCUUUGGAAAUGUUUGGAUCACCAUGGUUUUCACUUCCUUAGGAAAUUAUUCUAGUAUAUUGUUGUGAUUAGUAUUUAAAAUGUAAUUUAUUUAUAAAUAUAAUUUAAACAAUUA